CCAAGGACACCAGAGAUUAUCGAUACCGCCAAACUAUAGAUGUUGCCAGAUGAUAGCCCGAAAUGCGCCACCGAAAUCCAUCAUCCAUCUAAACAGUAUCAAAUAAACCGCAUCAAUGUCCCUAAACAGCCGCACCAGCAGUAUUCAGUCACCAGGUUGCACCCAAUAUCCCGCACCACCAAUAUUACUCACACCCACCGAAAUGACGCGCAAUAUUACCCCCAAUACCCAUGAUAUUUCCACCAAUACUGCCCACAAUAUCACCCGCAGUAUCACCAAAAUAAUACCCAAAAAUAAUACCCACAAUAUUCCCAAAAUAAUACCCACACCGCAAAUAUCACCACACCAGCAUCCUCACAUCAACAUCAUCUACCACCAGCUGCACCAGACUUCACUCCUCGCCCCAAAUCACCCCCCGCACAUCGGCCCCGCCACGCUGUGUCACGAGGUAUCCGCCAUGUAGCCAUCCCUCACGUGGCAAGGGGAAAAACUUCCGUAGAGGGAGAGUUUUUUCCUUCCUUUUUCUUCCUUAAGGGUUUUAAGAGAAAAGUAGUAUUCUAAGGAUCCAAAGUACCGUACAUACUUGAAUUGAGAAAUCUGAUACUA